AUGAGGUCCGAAAUAGAGGAUAUCAACAGUCGAUUGCAGGAGAUUAUCAAACAGAAACAUAGCCUGAGCCUGAGGGAGAACGACGCCGACCACUCAGCGUCGUUCCCAUCCCAGCAGCAGCGUCAUACCACACAUUUGCCAGAGCCUUGUUUUGUAGGUAGAGAAAAGGAAAAGAUGGAGGUCCUUCGAUUGUUGACCAGUGAAGAAGAAGGCAUCAAUAUCAUGAAUGCGGUCCCGAAAGUGAUUCCCAUAAUAGGGAUGGGAGGGGUCGGAAAGACGGCUCUAGCUCAGCAAGUCUAUCAUGACGAUAGAGUCGCCAGCUAUUUCGAUGUAAAAGCAUGGACUUGCGUGUCCUAUGACUUAGACGUGGCUGCUAUUACAAAGAGGAUUUUGGAGAAAAUCACCGGUUUGUCUGGCGAAGGCAACGAUCUAGAUGUGCUCCAAGAAAAGUUGAGGGAACAUCUGUCUGGGAAGAAGUUUCUUAUCGUUUUGGAUGAUGUUUGGACCGAGAAGUACGGAGAGUGGACCAAUCUCCUGAAGCCUUUCCAAGCCAGAGCUGAGGGGAGCGUGAUCGUCGUUACAACUCGUAACCUCCGUGUGGCUUCAUUGGCCGGUGCUCCAGCAUUGUGUCUAAAGGAGUUGCCUCAAGAUGCUUGCUUGACUUUACUGGCCUAUCACGCUCUUGGUGCCAAAAAUUUCGACGGCCACCCACAUCUUAAAUCAUUAGGAGAGAAAAUAGUGAUAAAGUGCAAAGGCUUGCCGUUGGCUGUGAAGACAUUGGGCGGACUGCUGCGUGCCGAUGUCAAUCCCCAUGAAUGGGAAGCCAUAUCCAACAGCCGAAUUUGGGAUCUACCAGUAGACAGAAACGAGAUCCUUCCCUCUUUGAAACUAAGCUAUCUCCAUCUCCCCUCUCAUCUGAAGAGAUGUUUUGCUUACUGCGCGAUCUUUCCCAAGGAUUACGAAAUAGAAAGGGAUGAGUUGAUCCACUGGUGGAUGGCCGAAGGCUUGGUGGAUGGAAGCAAAGGAAAGAACCUCUGGAAGACAGGCCUCCUAAAAUAA